AUGCCUAGCCACGCAGGCGUAGACUUCGUAAACGUUAAGCAUCACGACACAUAUCCUGCCAUUGACCCAGCGAAGGCUGACCUGAAGGGCAAGGUUGUUGUGACAGGCGCCUCGAAGGGCAUCGGCAAAGCUAUAGCACUCGCCUUCGCUCAAGCGGGCGUGUCUGGCCUUGUCCUUCUGGCGCGAUCGGACAUGAAUGCCGUAAAGGCCGUAUGUGAGGCGGCGCAACGGCCAGGCCAGUCGCUAAGAGCGCUCAUUGUUCAUUGCGACAUCACCAACAUCGAGCAUGUCUCCGCGGCUUCGAACAUCGUCAAGGACACGUUCGGACGGCUCGACAUCUUGGUCAACAAUGCGGGAGUAUACACAAUCAGCAAUCGGGGGACGUACCACGUCACGCGAGAAUUCCUGCCGCUAUUGAUAGAGUGCGGAGGUGACAAGACAAUCAUCAACUUGAACAGUGUCGCUGCGCAUCUGCUGCAACCACGUUUCUCGGCAUAUGAGUCCAGCAAACCCGUACUGCUGCGGUUCACCGAGCUGGUUAUGGCUGAAUAUAGCGAGAACGGUAUUCUCGCCUAUUCAGUGCACCCAGGAGCAAUCGCCUCGGACAUGUCUGUGACCAUGCCAGACAUGAAGCACCUGAUACUAGACACUCCCGAGAUUGCGUCGCAUACGACCGUUUGGCUUGCGCGCUGCCAUUUGUGGGAUAUGGACGAGCUGUUGGCAAAGAAAAAGCAGAUCGUUGACGGCGAUAAGCUUAAGGUCAGGAUGGUCGUGUAA